GUUGUCAUGGCGUCUUUGGGACCGAAGCUGCUGCUGAAAUUUAGCUAAAAUCUGUCGACAGUCUGUAAAUCGAAAUGGAGAAAAAUGCAAACCUGCAUCGAGACACUGACGGGAGCUCUUUGUGUGCCACGAUUGCGGGAGAGAUGGGCGAUGUUACGGCUGUUGGCGAAGUGAAAGGAGCAACCGAGAAAUGCAAGAAUAGUGAGGCUGCUCUCAGUACUUUGGUUAACGUUAGUUGCAAUAACAGCACCACUAAUGCUGGUACUCCCGGCGCUGUUAAUGUUACAUCUAGUGCCGGGAAGUCUGACUUGCCAGAAGUGAUCGAAGUCCCUCCUGUACAGGGGGAGAAGAAGAAGGACACUGAGGCUAGCGAAUCGUGGUCGGGGUCCGGGGAUCAGAUCAGUAACGGGAUGGGGCAUGACUCGUUGCUGGCUGCAGGAGAUAGCGAGGGUGGUGCCUCAAAGUUAGUAAACAACAAAACCGAUGGCCCGUCAUCACCUCCAGCUAAGGAGAUGACAGAUGUGCAGGCUGAGAUUUUGCCUGGUGGAGAAAGUGAACAGACAAAACUUGCCAAACCAACUCAUCUGUGUCCGGACAAUGAAAUCACAGCAAAUGUCAAGUCGGGGUUGUCCGGUGAUCACGCCUUAUCGGAGGGAUUGCCUAGUGGGAGUGACCCCGAUCCAAGCCUCGGAGGAGAGUCCAGAAGCAUAGAUUCACUGGAGUCCUUCUCCAACCUGAACUCCUGCCCCAGCUCCGACCAGAACAGUGAGGGGCUGGAGGACAGAGGACUAGCCCUGGCCCUGCAGAACGAGUACGGGGCUGAUGGGACAAAGACUGCCUGCGCUAAGGACCGGGCGGCUGGCCAGUCCAUAUACCACAUUAAGUGGAUCAAGUGGAGGGAGGAGAACACACCGAUCAUCACCCAGAACGAGAACGGCCCCUGUCCAUUACUGGCCAUUAUGAAUGUCCUGCUGCUUGCAUGGAAGGUUAAGAUGCCUCCCAUGAUGGAAAUUAUCACUGCUGAGCAACUGAUGGAGUACCUUGGGGACUACAUUCUGGAAACCAAGCCGAAAGAGAUAUCGGAAGCCCAGCGGCUAAACUAUGAGCAGAACAUGAGUGAUGCCAUGGCUGUGUUACACAAGCUGCAGACAGGUCUGGAUGUGAAUGUCAAGUUCACAGGGGUGCGAGUCUUCGAGUACACCCCAGAAUGCAUUGUGUUUGAUCUGCUGGACAUCCCUCUGUACCACGGCUGGCUGGUCGACCCACAGAUGCAUGACAUUGUCAAGGCAGUAGGCAACUGCAGCUACAACCAGCUGGUGGAGAAGAUAAUAUCCUGCAAACAGUCUGAGAACAGUGAGCUGGCAGGAGAAGGAAUCGUUGCGGAGCAGUUUCUGAGCAGCACAGCCACCCAGCUGACAUACCACGGCUUAUGUGAGCUCACAUCCACUGUGCAGGAAGGAGAGCUCUGUGUCUUUUUCAGGAAUAACCAUUUCAGUACCAUGAUCAAAUACAAGGGCCAGCUGUACCUCCUGGUCACAGAUCAAGGUUUCCUAACAGAGGAGAAGGUUGUCUGGGAAAGUCUGCACAACGUUGAUGGAGAUGGUAACUUCUGCGAUUCAGAGUUCCGGUUGCGACCUCCUUCUGAUCCAGAGACUGUGUAUCGAGGCCAGCAGGAUCAGAUAGACCAGGACUAUCUGAUGGCGCUGUCACUGCAACAGGAGCAGCAGAGUCAGGAUCUCCAGUGGGAGCAACUCCCUGAGGGCAUCAGCGACCUGGAGCUGGCCAAGAAGCUGCAGGAGGAGGAGGACCGACGAGCCUCACAGUACUACCAGGAGCAGGAACAGGAGCAGGCAGCUGCAGCAGCAGCAGCAGCAGCAGCACAGGCACAGGGCCAGCAGGAGCCUGCUGAGGGAGAUGAAACAGACAGAGGAGGUGUGGGAGCAGGAGGAGCAGCAGCGGGCAGCGGGACGGCAGCAGCAGGAGCCACGGCCAGCCCGGGGAAACAAUCCUCAAGUGUGGAGCGCAAAGCCAAGAAAGAAUCGAAAGACAAAGACAAAUGUGUAAUUUUGUAACAUACAGUGUGUGUGUGAGUGACUGUGCGUGUGAGUGUUUUGUGCAUUUGCUUAUCCGUGAGAAAGGGGAAUGUGUGCCCCCCCACACACACACUUGACGACAAAUAAGGGAAGGAGACGUUUGAGGAGGGGGCACAACAAAACUAACAGAGGAUCUGCUGCUCCCAAACCACUGGUGCCUGCUAUCCUCUCUCCUCAGUGGAACCUGGACACCAGAGGAAGGGACACUACAACAACAACUACCCCCUUAUCUUUCAUAGUCGGCCAAACUUUGUUACAAGUCGCACAGUGCACUAUAUUUGUCAUGUGGGGUCGAGUUUAUUCGGGUUGGGGUGGUGUGUUUUAUAGCAAAAGACACAAUCUGAAGAAACAAAACAUCGCACUCUCACCAUUUUUUUGAAACAUUAUUUCAUUCAUUUUCAUUAUUGCAGCUUAUAAGCUUUUUUGUACGUAUCAAUAUUUACAAAACGUAUAUAGAAAAAGACACUUUUUGGUUUCUGUUGAUUUUUUUAAAAGUUAGCUGUUGAUGCCAAGAUUCACAUUUUAUGUUUGUGUCCGUUAGAUGAAGCUUUGGGAGAGGUUUUAUUUCCCCUGUGAGCUGAGAGGAUUUUUCUCUGUUAGAAAUCAUUGGAACACUAUGUUAGUCCCCUCUGAAACACUAUGUAUCUAAGGGUUAAUUAACACCAGACAGCUGCCAGAUACUGUAGCUACAAUGACAGUACUCAUCACAGCUCGCCCUGUUUGCCUUACCAGAGUAUGGCAGUGUUGUGUUCUGCUCUGUCUGAAUGUGAAUGUGUUUGUUUUCAUAUGUGUGUGUGGUAUGUGCAGUAUAUGUGUGCUAUGUGGUAUACAGCAUGUUUAGACAUGUCUCAUUUACUUAAGAUCACUGAUGGAACUGGUUCAAUUUGGAAAUAACCAAAAAUUCUGCAGUUAUAGCUAAAAAUUUGGGUCUUUUUUUGUUUUUCAUAAUCAUUCUUGAGUCAGUCAAACUGAGAAUGGCAUUGUUGAUUUGAACAGAGGAAAUUUGUCUUAAUCUGAUGUUGGCUGUGUGAGACACAGAAGCUUUUAGCAGAUUAUAUUUGCUUUAGAUCACCCCUGACAGUAUACAGUGGUUCUUAAAGGCCCCUACUUUCCAUUUUUUUAAAGCUUCUGGAAGAAAUGCCAUAUUUGCAGCCACUAUCACUAUAUGCACUCUUAGUCUUUACAUGUUGAUGUUCCACUGCAGUCACAGUUUGCAAAGAAAUGCCACAGGAUGCAGUAAUUUGCAUGUAAUAUUACUUUGAACUAAGAAAGGUGAAUUGAAUAUUUGAUACUUUUUCACUACUCUCAAACCAAACUGCAAAUAUGCUGUGUUUAGGUCUACAUCUUUCACCUCCAGGAACUGUUUUGGGAAUCUAACUUAUUUGUUGUUACAUCUCUCUUUUCGUCUGCCACAGUCAUACAGAAAACUUAUUUUAGAAAAAUAAGGCCUGAAGGUAGAGAGUAAACUGAUCUGUCCUAGGGAUAUAUAUUCUCAUUAGUGAUAUUCUCUUCUAUCAUCUUUUGACUUGUGUGUAUUUCACUGCAGCUUUGAGCAUUCAAACACAUGAUGUACAUAUUAAUAAUGGAUUGAGCUAGUGGUUUGUGCCAUUACCGUACCAUGGGACUGCCUCCUGAGAAACUUUUCUAUCUAUACAUUCCAAUUGGAUGCCUUGACUCAAGCCUUCUGUUGCUGAGGUAGACUGUAAUGCAAGGUCUUUGCAGUGUUUGUGAAGUCAUGUUUUGUUCAGCGAGGACAGGAUGAUGACAAGGCAGCAGGCUACCUACUGUGUGGGGAGCCUUUCUUAUGGGCUUCAUGUUUGUCGCCCUAACAAGGUUUUGUUUUUGUAUAUAUACGUAUAUAUAAGACGCCUUACAACAUUUCAACAUAGUUUAUAGGAAAAAGGAAACGGUCGCAUUUCCAGAAUGAGACAAUCCAUGCGUUUCCCACAUGAACAUUAGAGACACUCUCAGGCCUCAUCUGAAGGGACAUAUCCUCCAGUGUCUUUUAUGUAAUGGCACAGUUCCUUGGCCUGUUUGUUAAUAACAGUUUUAAUUAUGUGUUUAUCAAUACACAACUUUUUGACACUUUGAAGGACUUAUUUAAAACCUUCAUUGUUGAAUUUCACUCUAGAAUUAAGCUGCUCUUCUCUUCUUAACUUGGACUACCUAUUAAAAAUAAAAACCUCUUUGGAUAGGUUAAAAUUGUACACUUUUCAUUAAUGACUGCACAGUUUUUCUCUCAUCAAGCGUAACUGAAAAUGUAAUUGUAAAGUGAGAGCAAGAAGGUGGAGGGGAGACUUUCUGGCAACAUUAUGCUCCAUUAUUUUGAGAGGCAUCUUGUUUCAGACCUCUAUGGCAAAGUGUGUUAGGCUCAUCUGUUGUAGCCCUCUACAGUGGGGCCUACUCAACCUUGGGGCAGGAAGUGAUAUAUGAACCCUUGUUGGGCUUUUCCUUAGUUUGUGGUGUUACUUUUUAUCUUUUUCCCCUCCCCUUCCCCUAACCUUUGGGAUUCAGGUGCCUAACCCUAACCCUCUGACUUUUUUCUUAGUUUGUCGUGUGUUGAAUCAAAAUCUAUCCCCCUCUGUAAAUUUUCAAUUUUUAUUCAUAAAAUUCUGCAGUUAUGAAAAAUAGCCACUUACCGUAACCUCUGACAGCAAGUAGAAAAUCUAUGUAAUCAGUUUGUCAUUCUGGUCCCAGCUUGGGUAAUGUAUGUCACUUCCUGCCCUAUGGUUGACAUCGCCCCAUUGUAGAGUUUUGCAACAGAUGAGCCCAAAAUGUCCCACCAUAGAAGUCUGCAGCAAGAUCCUCUUGGGGGGCCAUUUUUUUACAUUUCACGUAAUAUCUGUCAGCCUUUGAAGUGAAAACGCUGAAAAAGGAACGUUCACUUGGGGCACUUUGAGCUGAUAUGGAGAGUUUUGUUUUUAGGUGUUAAUAUGAGUGAAAAGAGUGCGGAAUGACAUGCCACAUUUUUUUUUAUUCUAAUUAUUAUUUCAGAUUUACUACUGUGCAUUAGCUUGCUAAUCCCCAGUCAUUAUUACCAGAUUUAAUUUUUUUUUGUUGUUGUACUGUUUGUCUCACCCUAGUUCUACAAUGAAUCGAUCAGAAGGAUAUUGUGUGUUCAAUGUCUCAAAGUGGUUUCUUGUAUGCCUCGUAAAAGUGAUGGUGGGGUAAAUGCUGUAAAAAGUUAGUGUUUUGACAAGAAAAAAUAGUUGUUGUAAUUUGGUUUUUGCACUGUUACAUUGAUAUGCACUAACAAAAGAGAAACAUACCUCAUUUUAUACCGAACAUAAAUUGUGCAAGUGUGCUAUUGUUCUCUGGGUACCUUUUCAAACAGAAUAAUGGCCAAUAGAAUUACAACUCCACUUGGUGGUGGCAGCUUUAGCAAGCUGAGUAAUAUUCAUAAAGUAUGAAAGGGCUGUUUUGAUGCUUUGGCUAACAAUGAAAGAGAACAUCUGUUAAAAAUAGUACCACUUCAAUAGAACUUGCUGCAAUUUGAUAUAUAUUCAGGUUAGCGGUACACCUAUACCAGGUAAAAGAGGCCCGAGUACCAAAGUGACAAGGAAGGAUUUAAUACACUGAGUGUUUGAAUUGUCUUAACAGAGUUUUUUUUUUUCUAUAAAGUGAGGAAUAAGACAACUUGUACUCAGCCCCAUCAGCAAAAAAGGUGUAGGUGCACCCCUAAUUCAGGUUAUUUUUCCAGUCCAUCAUUUAACUACACAACUUCUCAAAUGUGCUCAAACUUUAACACCAAAACAGGCAAGAAAGUUCCUUUAUAAGGCUUAAUGAGUGUUGUCAUCUAUGUAGCAUGGGAAGGAAAUGUUAAUUCUUCUUGUAUGAGACACACACCCAGACUGCUGAACAACUGAAGGGAGACUUUUACUUUAAUGCAAUAUAUUACACUCCCACAUUUUACUUUGUGGUGCAUGUACAGAGUGGACUUAAAGUAAGGAAGAGUAAUGUUUUAUCAUCAUUUCCCCCUAAAGAGUAUGAUUUCUUUGUAUGGCCCAUUAUGUUUAUAUCUCACAUAAAAACUUACAAGCAAAAGGAAGGUGUUUGUGAAUAUGGGAGGUUACUCAUUUGUGUUACUUCAAUGUUCAUCUAUUUACAUAAAUGACCAAAUAAUGUAUGUAGCCUUUCACAUUACAGUCACAUAAUGUAUGUGUUGAUAUAUAUAUAUAACAAAAUGCCUUAUAGACGAGGGACAUUCAACCUGAUUAGAAGUACCGGGAUAAUAAAAGAUUAAGAUCAAUA